AUGAGACGCAUUGGAGAGGCCUCAGCCCUUCAGAUCGCCCACUUCGAUGCCCAGGAUUUGGCCAAUGGCAUGUGGAGCUUCGCCAAGCUGGAGGAGCGUCCGCCCGAGCGCCUUUGGUGCUCGUGGCCAGAUCAAGUCUUUCAGACAUUGCAGGAGGCCACCCUUCAAAACCUCGCCAUGACCACCUGGUCCAUCGCCACCCUCGGCAGCCCCACACCUGCGCUGCUGGCUUUGAUGCCGAAGGUCGCUGCAGAGGCGGCGCUACGUUUGGUGGGAAAACGCAUCUUGCCAAACAGAUCAGCUUUGCAAGAGAUCUCGAACUUGCUUUGGUCCUUCCCCACCUUGGAGCUCUCGAUUCCAGAGGAGCUGCUCACCAUCUCAGAGCAGCACUUGCAGAAGACUUUGCCCCAGCAGCUGGCGCAAGUGCUUUGCCAGGUGCAAAAGGAGACGGCGCAGGAGCCACAGGAGGCCUUUGAUUUCGCGACGUCCAUCUUGGAACUCACCUGGGCCUUAGCCUUCUCAGGUGAUGGCGAUGGGCCCAGGGGGGCGCUGUUGACGUUGCUGCGCAACACGUUGAUGGAGGUGGCAGAGGCCUUGGACCGCACCUCUCAAUGGUGGCUGAGGAGACUUGAUUCCUCGCGCUCUUCCGGCAGAUUUUGGCCAGAGAGCGGCAGGACGUGCGACGAAGAGCUCCCUCGGCGGGAAGAGCUGGAGUGGCCGGUGCUGCAGCUGAACUUGCCGGAGGUGGCGGUAGUGCUGAAGCCGCCCUACUGGGAAGUGGACGCCCACGCGCCCACCACCGCGCCCGACGCGACAGCGCCACAUGAUGCCAAGUUGAGCAGCUUCUUGCAAGGCGUGGAAGGUUGGGAGGACUUCCCCUUGAUCUUCAGUGAGGAGCAUCAGUUCGGGAUCCUCCAUCGCUUGGAUUUGCCCAGCUCCGGCCUCAUCCUUGUAGGCAAGACCUUCCGAGGCUACUUCUCCUUGCGCUGGCAGCAAGAUACCUAUGACCUGGGGCGCAACUAUUUGGUCCUAUGCCACGGAGUGGUAGAGGAGCAGGUGGUGAAUGCGCGGCUGAAGACGACCAAGUCUAACCCAGUGUCCAGCUGUGUCAGUGCUUCAGGCAAACCUGCCUGGACUCACUUUCAGCCGUUGCUGCUGCUAUCCCGGGGCACCGAGAAGUACACCCUGCUCAUAGUGGUCAUUCGAACUGGAAGGACUCAUCAAAUCAGAGUCCAUGCGCAGCACAUAGGCCACCCCACCGUCGCCGACACCAAAUACGGUGGAGCGCUCGCGGCGGAGGACCUGCGUUGGUGCCCGCGCAACUUCCUGCAUCGCUUCCAGCUACGCUUCCAGGACCCAGCGGGUCGCCCCCACACGGCCUCCGCGCCGCUGCCGGGCGACCUGCGCGCGGCGCUGGCGCGGCUGCGGGCGGAGGGAGCGGAGGAGAUGUGGCGCAAGCUAUUGGAUGGCUGGAUUCCCUGA